UCGGAAGGAAAACCAUCACCAAUCCUAAUCUUACAAAAAAUGGCUCGUACCAAGCAGACUGCUCGCAAGUCCACCGGAGGUAAAGCUCCUCGAAAGCAGUUGGCCACCAAGGCAGCUCGUAAGAGCGCCCCGUCGACUGGAGGAGUGAAGAAGCCUCAUCGCUACCGGCCGGGAACGGUCGCUCUGCGUGAAAUCCGUCGUUAUCAAAAAUCAACCGAGCUGCUGAUCCGCAAGCUGCCAUUCCAGCGUUUGGUGCGUGAAAUCGCUCAGGACUUUAAAACGGAUUUGCGCUUCCAGAGUGCCGCUGUUGCCGCCCUGCAGGAAGCCAGCGAGGCCUACCUAGUGGGACUGUUUGAGGAUACCAAUUUGUGUGCCAUCCACGCCAAGCGCGUCACCAUCAUGCCGAAGGAUAUUCAGCUGGCCCGGCGCAUCCGAGGAGAGCGUGCCUAAAUUGAGUACGAAA